UAUUUGUUCAUAAUCAAAAUGUUUUGCAUACUAAUAAUGAUGUUGGGGUUGAUAUUUACCGAAAUUUCCAAUGUGUGGAUAAGUACCGGUACCUUACCGCACCGGUUGAGUGAAAAAAUUUUGAAGGUUUACUGGGGUCUCCCUAAAACCAGGCACUUGCGAAUCCUGGCACUUUGAUAUAUUUUUUAUUUUUACUGUAUGGUACCGGUCCUGAAAUUUAACCGUUCCGCAAGCCAACAAGCAAAAAAGGGUUAAAACCACUGGUCUAGGUGGCCAUACAGCCAUAUUUUGCGGCGGAGAAGCUAAAAUGAUUGAUUGAUUGAAAAAUAUACUGGUAGACUAGAUGUUUUGUUUGUGUUUUACAAAUUAUUUUCUGAUUUUUCCAAUGCAGUGUUGUGCUAGAUCAGGUGACAGUUUAACAGCCUAAUAACCAUGUUACAGUCAUUAAGAGUGACGGUUACUAAUCAGAUUCCUCUGACUAUUCUCAAAGUCACAACAAAUUCAUGCAUUUCAUGUCGAACCAGGCGUUCAGCAAAACUAGUUAAUAACGAUAUUCCAGAAGAAAGAAGACGCAUAAGUCAACUUGAUGACUUGGAUGAGACAAUGCUACGGCCACAAUAUAGACAUAUCGAAGCACUGAAAACCGCCCCGGAAAAUGUGCGUAAAAUUUUUACCCUAGAAUUUGGUACAAAAGAGGAAAAGUUGGAAUCAAAAUUUCUUCAAUAUGGUGAACAAUUGCAAAGACACAAAUAUGACUUUGAUUCGCUUGAAAUGGAAAUCGCUGGUCUAACCAUCACAAUUCGUAAAGACCAAGAGGAGUAUGUGAAACGAGAAUAUUUAAGUGGAUAUCUUGAAAAAAAAUUACAAAAAAAAAGAAAACUCAGGAACGACUUGUUGCUAAAACUGAGACAAAUGAAUUUUGAACGAUAUUGUCUUGUUGUAAAAGUUUUAGAUAUAAAUCUAAUACAUUGGCCUGAUUAUGAUGUUAAAUUAACGAAGCGUGCUGAGGAAACCAUGGAUAUGAAAUUCCGGACUUUCGCUGAAAUUGAGCGGGAAAAGCAUGAAAGUGCUAAACGCAGAGAUGAAGUAGCACAACUCCAAGCAAAAUUUGAAGAGAAAAUUAAAUCAGGAGAAUUGGUUAUACCGUGAUAUACCUACACUUGUAAUCCUUGGUUAAUCAUAAAUCAGCCACGUCCUGGCUUCGAAGAAAUGAUAGAGUUUUAUUCAGAGUUUUAUUUUAACUCAGACUCCAGCUAUACUUUCCAAAACAUAAUUGCUUGACCUCUGCUUUCUGACCCUAAUAUUCAGUUUGAGAAACUAUUCAAGUGAUCCGAUUACAGUAAUUGGUGUAAUAAAGAUAAGAUAAUUAAAAAAAAAAUGUUGUUUGUGGUAUUUUCACAUUGUCAAGUUGCUCUGGGUGUGCUGGAUGUCUUCGUAAUAUGAAAUAUGUAAAUCUCCAUUUAUUUGAAAAAUGCAGAACUGUUAGUUCAUUAUCUAUUUGACAUCCUAUAUUAGAGACUUCAUGCCUCCAUCAUUCAAGCGGUCAAUGCCUAGAGGUUUGAACCAAAAAAAAGUGCAGUCUUUUUAAACUCAAUAAACAUAAAAUUUAUUUUAAUUUUUCAGAUAAAUAUUUAGCCCCUCUACAACUGAUGAAUAUUGGUUCAUCACCUUUGAAUUGCUUCUCUGGCUUUCUUAUUUUUCUAAUAUGAUUCGUUUCUUAAUAUUUCAGA